AUGAUGGUCCUCGUGCGUGUUGCCCUCUUGGUGACAACGGUGUUUGUCGCAUCUGCUGACCCCGCCUACGCAUCAAAGAUAUCGCUCGCUGUCACUUCAAAUCGCGCGAUCGAGACACCCCCCACGAGGUUUCUGAGAGCCUACACCACAAAUGGUGAAGAGAGAGGCAUAUCCGUGAGUUUCCCAGGUCUUGAGAAAAUCUCCAAAGCAUUUACGACGAGAAAGACGAGCCAGCUCCAGGGAUUGCUCAAGGCCGACGAUAAUAUCGAUGAUGCCUUUAAAACGUUGGGGCUCAGUACAAUGCACAUUGGUAACCCCAAAACGGGCUCGAUCGAGACGAAAAAAGUUGUCGAGCUCUUUUCGAGCAAGAAUUUCAAGGUUUGGUCUCAGCAUGCUGCCAGUACUUACAAGGGAAAUCCAGACGACGCAAUGCUCACUGCACUUACAAAGGUAUUUGGGGAGAAGAAAGUGGCGACAAUGAUCCUGUUGGGAAAGGAUUCAAGAAGUUCAAAAAGCGCCGCCAAGAAGCUGGAAACUGCCCAGUUCAACAAGUGGUAUACCACGGACAAGUUAGCACCAGAUGAGGUCCUCAAGAAGGUGCUGGACGUGGAUCGUCAGAAAAUUCAUGCGAAUUCUCGCGCGAAGUUUAUCUGGGGAGACUAUAUGACUUAUGUUCAGAAAAGAGUGAAGAAUUAUUAG